AUGUCUAGCCUUCUCAAUAUCCAACAACAAUUCUUGAACCAAACUCCUAAAAUGGACGCUUCGCUUUCUAAUAGCAAUAAUAAUGGUCAACAGCCUCUUAUGAAAUUGCCGAUUCCAAGACUUCCUCAAAAUGCAGCUGCCGCGGUUGCCGCCGCUGCUUCGUCAUCGGCUCAUGUUUCGGGUAAUGUUUCGAACAAAUCUCACGAGAUGUUGAUAACUACUUCUUGGCAACCUGCUAACAAUAACAACACGACCAACGUUUCAAUGGCUAACUCGUUGCCUGUUAUUCCUUGCCAAGAGACAAUUGGGCAAAAUUCCAUCGGGAAGCCAGUCCCUAAUAAACGUGGUCGUAAACCUCUAACGACUAUGCCAUCAACGAAAAAGCACAUCCAAAAUUUGACCAAUCAACGAGCAUUUCGUCAACGUCGUGAGAACUACAUCCGAACCAUAGAAUCGAGAGCGUCCACACUGGAGUAUCUUUACUCGCAGGCACAGGAAGAGAUCAAAAGCUUAAAAGAACAAUUAGGGUCAAUGCGAAAACAACUAUUCGAGGGUGAUAGUAGAAAUGUUUGCGGUAGUGGUGCACUCUCCAAUUCUCCAGGCCUCAACGAUCCGUCGUCCAUGAUGGAUCAUUCACAACAACAUUGCCCACACAACAAUCCAACAGACGCUUGCUGUGGCAUAGGAGGAUUCGGAGGAGGAUUGGGAGGAGUUGUUUCCGCAUCGUCGUCGUCUUCUUCGUCAAGACAACAACAACCGAUGAUUUAUUCGAGUCAGCAGGUUGUUGUUAGCAAUAAUAAUGGUACUGGUGGUGGUAAUGGUAAUGGGCGUACUCAUAUGUUUACAAUGGUCUCUUCACGUGAAGGGUCUCCGAAAGAUGGUAUGAAUUGCGAUCUAUUAAUGAGUGAUGCUGCUAUGAGUCCUAUCAGUUCUGAUAGUAGCGGUGUUCAUAGUCCUCCAUUGAUACAAAAUUCAUCAAAUAAUCAAUCACCAAAUCAUAUUUAUCAGAACUCAGCAGCCUUUCAGCAGCAAUGUUUAUCUCCAACAUCCCCAACUACCAAUAAUACCACCAAUAGCCCUAAUACAUACGCCACAUUAACGACUCUUUCCAAUCACAAUCAUCGAUUGGCGGCAGAUCAAUUAUCCAUCCAGAGACGGGUAAGACAAUGUGGAUUCUAUCCAACGCACGAGAAAGCGCAAUAUCAACAAAUGAUGGAAAUUUAUGCGAUCCAAUCACGCCCACCUCGUAUUAUCAUUCAGUUUCUAAUGGCUGCUCUCCGUCGUCAAGUUCACCAAUUUAUAAUCAUCCGUUGCCAUCGCCUGAUGAGCCUGAAACGAACUGGCAACUAG